AUGUCCAGCCGCUUGCCUUGGGCUCUUAUAAAUAGAGCGAAUGUCGGGUUCGUUCUACCAGGACCUAACGGCUCGACGAACUCGAGGUUAACGACUUCCGUUGAAUUCGUUGCUAUUUACCGAUUACUUACCCGUUUACGUCCGCCUGAUUUAUUCGUAUACGACGAGGCUAGGCUAGCCGAGUGUAGUAACUAG